AUGCCACAUGAUUUCCAUUUCAUUUUUGUUUUCUUUCAGGCCAAGAUAGCCAGGUUAACCAAACGCUUUGGAGCAGCCAAAGAAGAUCUUAAGAAAAGACAAGAAAAUCCACCAAAUCCACCUGUAUCACCAGGAAAGUCUGUGAGUGAUGUCAACAGCAAUAAUAAUGUGGCCUACAGAAAUGCAGGCACAGUGAGACAGAUGCUGGAAUCCAAAAGAAAUGUAAGCGAGAAUUUACCACCAUCUUUUCAAACUCCUGUGAAUACAGUAUCUUCCACCAGUCUUGUCACUCCUCCAGCAGUUGUCACUAGUCAACCUAAAUUGCAGACUCCAGCAACCUCAGGUUCUCUGACAGCAACAUCACUUCUUCCUGCACCCAACACAGCCACAGUAGUCGCUACUACUCAGGUGCCUAGUGGAAAUCCUCAACCUACAAUCUCUUUACAGCCCUUACCAGUGAUUUUGCAUGUACCUGUUGCAGUAUCCUCCCAGCCACAGCUCCUACAGAGUCAUCCAGGGACUUUAGUGACCAAUCAACCAUCUGGCAACGUUGAAUUCAUUUCUGUGCAAAGCCCACCUACAGUGGGUGGUCUUACCAAAAAUCCAGUAUCCUUGCCAUCUUUGCCAAAUCCCACUAAACCAAACAACAUUUCUUCUGUACCCAGUCCUAGUAUUCAAAGGAACUCUCCUGCCAGUGCUGCACCAUUAGGAACAACACUUGCUGUACAGGCCGUUCCAACAGCACACUCUAUCGUACAAGCCACAAGGACUUCUUUACCUACAGUAGGCCCAUCAGGACUCUAUAGUCCACCAAAUAAUCGUGGCCCUAUACAGAUGAAAAUUCCAAUUUCUGCUUUUAGUACUUCAUCUUCUACAGAACAAAAUAGCACUACCACCCCAAGAACUGAAAACCAGACAAACAAAACAGUAGAUGCUUCUGUUAAUAAGAAAGCAGCUGAUAGCACAUUACAGAGUGGAAAAGCCACUGGCAGUGAUUCAGGUGGUGUCAUUGAUCUCACAAUGGAUGAUGAAGAGAGUGGAGCUUCACAAGAACCAAAAAAGCUAAAUCUUACUCCUUUAUCAGCCAUGAGUUCUUCUCAGCCUAUGUCUCGACCAUUGCAACCCAUACAACCAGCACCGCCUCUUCAGCCAUCUGGAGUGCCAACAAGUGGUCCAUCUCAAACGACCAUACACUUACUACCUACAGCUCCAACCACCGUGAAUGUAACACAUCGUCCAGUAACUCAGGUGACCACAAGACUCCCUGUACCAAGAGCUCCUGCAAACCAUCAAGUGGUUUAUACAACUCUCCCAGCACCACCAGCUCAGGCUCCACUACGAGGAACUGUUAUGCAGGCUCCUGCUGUUCGUCAGGUCAAUCCUCAAAAUAGUGUUACAGUUCGAGUGCCUCAAACAACCACCUAUGUUGUAAACAAUGGACUAACCCUGGGAUCAGCAGGACCUCAGCUCACAGUGCAUCACCGACCACCACAAGUGCAUACUGAGCCCCCACGCCCUGUGCACCCAGCACCCUUACCAGAAGCCCCACAACCACAACGCCUGCCCCCAGAAGCUGCCAGCACAUCUCUGCCUCAGAAGCCGCACUUGAAGUUAGCAAGAGUUCAGAGUCAAAAUGGCAUUGUAUUGUCAUGGAGUGUCCUGGAAGUGGAUCGUAGCUGUGCUACUGUGGACAGCUACCAUCUCUAUGCUUACCAUGAGGAACCCAGUGCCACUGUGCCCUCACAAUGGAAGAAGAUUGGGGAAGUAAAAGCACUUCCCUUACCCAUGGCUUGUACUCUCACCCAGUUUGUCUCUGGCAGCAAAUACUAUUUUGCAGUACGAGCCAAGGAUAUUUAUGGACGUUUUGGACCUUUCUGUGAUCCUCAGUCAACAGAUGUGAUCUCUACUUCCCAGAGCAGUUAAACCUUGGAGCCUUUAUCUUUUCCUCUUUUAAAAGUUCCACGUUUUGAUCUUGUUUUUAAUCUUGUGCAUGAUACCCAAUGUAAAAUCCACAUUGUACAAGAUUUCUCAGACAGAUGUGUGUAUACACUACAUUUGUUUAUAACCAGAAGUAAAAUAAACUCAGCCCCUAAAGCAAGAAUCUUUUCCUGGACAAUUUAAGCUUCAGGGUCUUGAAAUGUAAAUGUGCACCUUGCUUCAGUUUUGAGGUUGGGGAAUUUGUGUGGGUGUUUGUGUGCAUUUUUUCCCCCUAUUUGUGUGUUUAUUGCAGUGGGAUCUCCCAUUUUCAUUCUCAAAUUUACCUCUCUUCCAGUAUGAAGUAAGUAGAUCAAAGGAUCUCAGAUACAUAACUGGCAUGAUUCUACUUCUAAGGGAUCUGUAGGUUCAAAGAUAAGUGAUUUAAACUUAAUCUAAACAAAACCCAAAGAAAUA